CAGAAAGGCUUAUUUGCAGUCGCAAAUGGGAAUCUGGAAUAACUAUGAAAAACACACUGAAAUAAUUGUGUUUGACUGGAACAAAAUUCUUGCAAAGUCCCCAAGGAUGAGAUUCUGUGCCAAAUCAAUGCCUCUAUCUGACUGGCUCUUCCUGGUCUAUGUGUUAAUGGUCUGCUGUAAAUUGUUGUCCGCCUCUAGCCACCAGCCCCGGGGGCACACAGGCCAGCACCAAGUCAAGCAAGGGACAUGUGAAGUUGUGGCAGUGCAUCGUUGCUGCAAUAAGAACCGGAUUGAAGAACGGUCACAAACAGUGAAGUGCUCCUGCUUCCCGGGGCAGGUGGCUGGGACAACGAGGGCUCAGCCCUCUUGUGUGGAAGCUUCCAUCGUCCUACAGAAGUGGUGGUGUCAUAUGAACCCCUGUUUGGAUGGAGAGGACUGUAAAGUGCUACCAGACUAUUCAGGUUGGUCUUGCAGCAGUGGAAAUAAAGUCAAAACCACAAAGGUAACACGGUAGCAAAAAAUAAACCCGUGAUUCACUACAGGAAUAGUGGCUUGUGCAACCAUGUUGCUUGGCUAUUACACAGAGACCCUUUUUUGUGACAAUGACAGAGACUUAUUUAUUUGAACUUGAAAAAUU